AGCGGCAGUGUGACUUUACGUCGAAUAGCUUAUAGACUUAAAAACUAAACUCUUAAAUAAUUUUCUACAAGCUCAAUAUAUUUUUUGUUCAAGGUUCAGUUUUGUUUAAUCGCAAGAAGGUGAAGGCCAACAAAAUAGUGUUUUGCUUAAAAUGAGUUUCUGUUUUUGACUGGAUUUAAAUACAUAAGAAAAACUGCAGACAUUAUUUAAUUCAUAUUAGUUUUUAUUUGUUUGGGAUGGCCUGUUCGAUUGUGGCUGAAAAAUUUGCUCUUGUGAUAUCCACAGCAAUAACAUUAAUUGUCGCAUUAGUUAUUGGUUUAACAUGGCGAACAAUAUCCAUAAAUUACAUGUUAACUCCACAACUUGUUCUUCAAAAUAACACACAGAAUUAUGAUUACUGGAAGGAAUCGCCAGUUCCUAUUUACUUAGAAGUUUAUUUUUUCAACUGGACAAACCAUGAAGACGUGCAUAAUCGUUCAAUCAAACCACACUUUACUGAAAUGGGUCCAUACGUCUUCAGCGAAAAACAUAUAAGAACAAAUAUUGUGUGGAAUGACAAUGGGACUGUUACUUUUAAUCAAAUCAGAAUUUGGCAUUUUGAUGAAACACAAUCAAAUGGCAGUCUAACAGAUGAAGUAACAAACUUGAAUGUUAUCGCCGCUACUGUUGGAUAUUCGGCAAGAUAUUUCAACAAUGCCUUGAAGUUUCUCAUAAGAACAAUGAUGGGAUCAGGACGAGCACCGCUUGUUGUUACCAAGACUGUAAAAGAACUUUUAUUCGAUGGAUACGAGGAUCCAUUAUUAACACUCGUUAGGGCAAAUGGAAAUCCUGAUUUACCCAAACCGCCAUUCGACAAAUUUGGAUGGUUUGUUGAUAGAAACGAAUCAGAAACUUACGAUGGAAACUUCACAAUGUUCACAGGAGUUGAUCAAAUAGAAAAUCUUGGCGUGUUAGAAUUAUGGAAUGACCAAAAUACGACGGGACUUUAUCGGGAUGAAUGUGACGAAGUGUCAGGAACUACUGGUGAACUUUGGCCACCAAAUUGGAAUCGAAAUAAACUUCCAAUUACACUUUUUGCGACUGACGUUUGUCGAUCAAUAACUCUUAACUAUGAAUCAGAUAUCACGGUUCGUGGUGUUCCAGGAUUUAAAUGGAUCGGCGACGAAUCUGUUUUUGAUAAUGGAAUCAAGUAUCCUAGCAUGGCUUGUUAUUGUUCAGCUGCCAAAGAGUCUUGUCCUGAUUUAUUGACAGGACUUUUCAAUGCUUCAUCUUGUAAAUUUGGUGCACCAGCUUUUGUGAGUUUUCCACAUUUCUAUCUCGCGCAUGAAAACUAUCGUGACGAAAUUGAAGGAAUGCACCCAAACAAGGAUCGACACGAAUUUUCAAUCGCGUUGGAACCAAGAACAGGAAUUCCUUUGCAAAUUCAAGCUCGACUUCAAAUAAAUUUGAUGAUGAAGUCAUACCCGUGGGCACCGGAUCUAGUUGGCGUUCCAAACUUGAUGAUGCCAAUGUUUUGGUUCCAACAAGUUGCUGAGCUUUCACCUGAACUUGCUAGCGAUGCAAGAUUAGCAGCGAUGCUGCCUGACAUUGGUUUGUGGAUCGCUUAUGGACUAGCUGGGCUUGGCGGUGUUCUCAUACUUGUCAGUAUUUUGUGUUUCGUUUAUCGAUGGAGACGUCGAAGUGAUGAUUAUGAUGAUGAGAUUUUAGAUGGUAACGUAAACCAGACAUUGACUGAUAAUUAAAAGUUUUGUUGAUAUUAUUUGAAUGAUGUAAAUACUUACAUAUAACUAUUUUUUAUCCUUGUUCAAUGAAAGUUAAACCAAAUAAAGCAUCACAUUUUAACGAGAAAUUAAUUUUCAAUCUUUC